GGAGAGAGCGUGACGUCGUGGAAAGUGUCUCAGGAAGCACUGUUGAUGCUCAAGAUCGACUCGUGGAGCUCUUUAGGAUUUUCGAUGCAGGAGGUUCCGAAUCUUCAUCGCCUUCUUGUCACGGAAGGGAAGGAUGCAUAUUUCUGCUAUUCGAAAAGCGGGGUACUCAGAGAAUGCCACAAUAAAAAAAUCUGUGGAGGCAUUGAAAUCAGAAUCUGAUAAGAAAUGCCGGAAACAUCCUCCUUUGUCAUCACUGAAGAAGCAGCUGAAUGAACCUUCCAAUUCUACACAAAGUAUUGAAUCAUUUUUAUCAGAAAAGACGGAUUUAUGUGGAGGAGACAAAAGAUCAUUUGUUUCAUCAAGCUCAGAUGAUGAGAACAGUGAUGAUUGUGCUUCUUAUGAUGAAAGGAUUGGCAAUUCUACACAAACUGUUAGAAGUUAUGACCAAAAUAUAGAUAUAGAUUUUCAUGCAGUAAAAUAUUACAACAAGACUGAGGAGGAUAGCAAUGUGAAUAAAGCUGAUCUUGCGAUUGCGAAUAACUCUAAGAGGACACGCUUAUCAAAAAAGAACACUAACUCUAUGAGGUCGUUCAUAACAACCUGGAACGAGGCGUGUCAGGAGCAUACAGUGCCUGAGGUUUUCAAGAGGAUGCUUGAAUUUUAUGACAAAAAAGCUCCAGGAAAAAGGAAAGAGAAACGAAUAAAGAAAAUUGAAUCAAUGUUUUCAUCCUUCCCCUUUGCUGGAUUACUAAAUGUUGCAGUAAGUCAAACGUGUUGAGUUUUAGUACCAUAC